AUGGCGACCCGCAGCUUGUCUAUGCCGGAGCUCAUAGGAGAUACCAUCCGGGAAACCCGCACUGCUGUCAUAAGCGACGCUUGGGGAGGUGAUGAGGAAGGCGAUCCGAAGCAGCUGUGGCUGCUGGCGCCGGCAAGGGGGGCCGUUCAAGGUGAAUAUGUUCUCCAGAAGGGACGAGACAACUUCAACCAGCCUUUGUGGAGACAACAGAAAGGAUCAGGCUGGCUCUUCAGCAGCGCCUCAGCUCCAGAUGGUUUCUGGCGCUUUGCCAACAGCGACGUGGAAUUGGCUGACCGGCUCGGCCCGAUUCAGUCAGGGCAGCCACACGACGGAGCAGCCCCCCAGAAGGUGGCUUCUUGGCAGUACUACGACGGCAGUGGUUGGCAUGACGACGCGUCCAUAUUGGUACUGGACUCUCAGGAGAAGUUUCUGGCUGCGGCAAAGAAGCAAAGCUCUUCGGCCAGCGAGGAACACCCGCCGUCGCUUUGGCUGCUUGCUCCGCGGUACCCAAAUUUGCAAGGCGAGUACCGAAAGCAGGAGACUCGGCGAGAAAGAGGCCAGCCAGUAUGGCGGAAAGUCGGGGGAGAAGGCUGGAUCUUCAGCACGAGCAAGCGCCGAUGGUUUAUUACGGACGACGAAGCUGGAAUCAUUCAAAGUGGUGGUGUGAUGGCGUCCGUUGCUCCGCACAACGACGCACCACCCAAUAAAAUCGAGCACUGGCAGUUUUUCAAUGAUGGCUCGUGGCAACCUGAUGCCACAAUUCUGCUCACAGACAAGCAGGCUGAGGCAGAGCGCCUCUUAGCUGAGCAACAACGGGAGGCAUUGCUCCGCAGCGAAACGGCUCCAGAGCGUGUUUGGAUCAUCUGCCCCCCGAAGCCUUUGAUCCAAGGAGAAUAUGCACGCCAGCCAGGGAGAAUAGAACGUGGCCAUGCUGUUUGGCGUCAAGCAGGAGGCAGUGGCAUACUGUACAGCAACGGCUUGGGUGGCUUGUGGUGUGUGGCAACCAAAGAAGCAGAUGUCCAGAAGAACCUGGGAGUUCUGCAAUGUUCCACUCCACACAAGGGUCGCCCCCCGCACGAGAUGGAGGCUUGGCAGUAUGCUGACGGUUCAACCUGGCGCCUGCACAAGGAGAUGCGCAUCACCGACCAGCGUGAGGAAGGCCUGGCAGCGCUUGCCGAGCAGGUCACGUUCAUGAAGAGUCAUUCUGUGGUACUUCGUUUGCAGGGCGCUGUGGCUGUGCAGAGCAUGCAGAAGGGUCCACAGGGCAUAGGAAGCGCAGACACCAAUGACACCAACGACACGGUUGACACCAACGAUACCAACGAAACCAACACCACCGGGACCACCACAGAGUCGGCCGAGAUCGCGAUGAACGAGAUUCUCGGGCUCUCCUUUGCCGGAGCCGGCUUGCUGCUCUGCGUGGCCGUGCACGCGCUGCUUGCACCGGCCUCCUACAGACUGGACCUGCUCAUGGCAGCACACCUCUCCAAAAGGACAAGUGAUGUUGUCUUCUCGCGGUUGGCUACGGUCAUACAGUGGGCGAUGAUAGUCUUUCUGUUCUUUCCGGUCGCCUGUAUUUCACUGGCAGCCCAGCAGGUGAGCGGCGACUCUCCCCGGCUGGCAUCUCUGGGGAGCUUGGUGGCCGUGACAAUCUAUGCUGGCAGCAUCGGUUUGGCACGGGCCGCCGUCGACUCCUUCCACUUCAGCUGGGUUUCGUUUCUUCUCUCCUUGCUUGCACUCUUCUUGCUAGGUUGCUACUUCUGCCAGUUUGUGUGGUGGAUGGAUCCUUUCAGCUUCACCUCCGUUUCUGUUGCGAUGCUGUGUGUCAGCGCGGUGCCCGGCACCGCCCUGGCCUUCCUAUGUGGCAGCUGGCAAGGGAGUGGAACCUUGCUCGCCGUGCUCUCUGGAGAUCAGGCGGAAGCAGGGCCAGCGUCUGCACUGCCUCGAACGAAACCGAAGAGGAUUGCCUUGAUUGCCAGCUUGAUCAUCCUUGAACUUGGAGUGCUAGCAGCAUACGGUCUCGCGGUUCGAGUGCUCACAACCUCCGAAGAUGUUCGCAAUGUCGGAUUUGUUUUGGUGGCUGCCGUCGUCAUUCUCGAUUCGAUUGUUUGGCUUGUCUGGGCUUUGGGCCUGGUGACCGGUGCUGCGCAGACAGCCCUUCUCAUGGUGGCGGCACGAGCUGCCGCCUGUGUGUGGGGAGAUGACUACUGGCUCCUGGGACAUUCUGGUGUAUUCCUGGCGAUGGUCGUGCUGUUGGCCCACAUGGUGGUAGACUCCAUCAUUCCGGCACCGGACAGCCCAAAGGUGCGACGGCAGCGUGCAGCAGCAGACAUGUUGGAGACGCUGCAUGCGAGUAUGGCAGGAGGAUCAGGAUCAGGCGACCAUGCCAUGCCGGUGACGCUGGCAGCUCCAGUGAUCGCAAGGUGGAAGCAGUGGCUCCCUCCGUCGGUGCUCCUGGGCAUCAUGUGCAUAUUUGCUGGCGAAGUGGCCCUGGUGACCUUACGCUUCGAGGAACCUGAAAUUUCCUGGUGCAACACCUGCGAAGCGCGCCCGCAGCAGUACUACGCUGGUGUGGCCUUGGGCGCCGGCUUGGUGUAUGCUGUGUCGCUAUAUGGCCUGCGACGGUCGCAGCUGCAGGCAUUCGGAAAGAAGGGGCCGCUGCUGGAAACGGCUCCCUUGGGCCUUGUUGUUCCAUAUCUGUGCUGGGUGGGGGUUGCGGCCUACACCUCUUGGGUGGCAGACAGCUGGGCAGUCCUCGUUCACGUUAGCCUCCUGCCUUUGAUUCUGGGCUUAUUCUUCUCCGCACAUCAUCGCUGGGUGGUGGAUGACUUUCACUUGACACCGAGGCCGCCCGGCACAGCCAAGAUCGCCCCAGAGCCAAGUUCGGGAGACGCUGCAGGUACUGCAGGCGAGCCGACGAGCGACGGUGGGACAGCCGCUGCCGAUCCGGCUGAUCCGGCUUCCAGUGGACUUGCAGGUGGUUCUUCCUCGAGCCUUGCUGAGGAUAAGCCGAGUUGCUUGGGAAGGGUGCCGUGGACAGUGCGGAUAUGGCUGAUGGCACUCCUCCUCGACAUCGCUUAUGGCGUGAUCCUGCACUUGGUGUCGGAAAUUCGCUUCCGAUGGGUGGGCUGGAGCAUCAGUGGCGGAGUCCUUGUCUUGGCACUUACCUUCAUGAGCAACCAGAUGUGGUUUGGCACCUUCCAGUUGUACCCAGAGCAGCCCAUAUUCUGGGGAUUCAUUGCGCUAAUCCUCUUGGCUUGGGCUGGUGGUGUCUGGUAUUUUGAGAAUGACAUGAAGGUCGACAACUUUGCCAUGGUUCUGCUCUGCGUCGUUGUCCUUUAUCCGGCGGUUUAUGUGGCAGUCCUUGCAGUGCAGGUUCUGCGCGAUGCAAAAUGGAGUCCCAAGGAUGCUUCGACAUUUCGUUUUGUGCGAAACGCGCUCAUCUUCAGCACGGUCGUCUACUUGGCCUUCCUUGGCGCCUUGGCCCUGCUGAACUGGGCUGCCGCACUCGGGGGCUUCUGCCUGCUGCUGAUGGCGGUCAUUAUCGGCCUGGCCUUUUGGAAGUGGUUGCGGAACAAUCGCUACAUCAGCUACCGGGUGAAGCUGGCCAGCGCUGUCGCCGUGGCCUUCUGCGUCCUGGGUUCUGCUGUCGGAAUCACUUUCUACUUUCAGAGCAUCUUUGGAGGCUUCACCACAGUCUGCGUCGGGCUGACGCUGCUACUGGCUGGUGCCGCAGCUUCGGAGGUCUCAGAUGCCCAGAGCCGAACAGCUUUGGAACAGCUUCGCGUGGAAUCUUCCAACUUCGUCUUCCCCAUGUUCCGUUUCCGGGGCGGAGAGCUUGCUAGGGCCCAUUUCGACAUAUCCUCAACCAUGCAGGCGCUGGGUGUAAUCUCGCUCUGGGGACUGGUGGCCGCCGUGGUGCUGGAUGAGUUUCCAGCCCUGGGCAUGGUCGUUGGAGUGCUUGCCCUUAUGGCUAUCCUUAUCCUGUGGGCGCAUCUCGUGGCCAGUGGAGGCCAACGCCGGGCCCUGGUCCUCGAGCAGCUGCCUCAGGCACAGCUGUUGGCAGCUGCGAAAGAGGCGCUGGAUGGAGGCGCCGGGAGCAUGCCACUUCAGGGCCUACAAGCACAAGUCUACGUGAAAGCAGAUCGCUUCGGCGGAGCUGGCAGCUAUGCAGCCGUACCCAUCCGAAAAGGAGAACUGGUGGAGCGUGGCAUUGUUCGACGCUUGCCCGUGGAUGGGAAUCACUGUCCAUAUGUGUUCACCUGGAGCGAGGACAAGACCGUGUGGGCCAGCGGCAGUGGCUGCUCCGUGUUUUACAAUGCCUCGCUGGACGGCAGUGAGAGCACGGAGAUGAAAAGGUUCUUCGAAGAGGAUCGGUUCGAAAUUUAUGCUCUACGUGACCUGCAACCGCACGAGGAGCUCACGCACCUUUACAAGAGCAUGGAGUGGAGAGCAUGCUUUCAGGACCUGCGGCAACCAGCGAACUCUUCAGAGGCCACUGUCGGCGCUUUAGGUGCAAGCGAGGAGAACCUGGUCGACUGUUCAAAAGUUGAGGUUCGUCCAGAUGAUCAUGGUGGAGCAGGGGUUUUUGCAGUCGUGCCUAUCAAGCGUGGCGAGCUUGUGGAGCGCGGCAUCGUGCGGCACCUGCCGGUGGACGGUAACGUGAGCCCCUACGUGUUCACUUGGAGCGAGGACAAGACCGUGUGGGCCAGCGGCAGUGGCUGCUCCGUUUUCUACAACGCGUCCCUCAGCGGGUCCGAGAACACGGAGGUGGUUCGCCACUUUGACCGGGACCGCUUUGAGAUCAUUUCCCUUCGUGACAUCGAGCAAGGAGAGGAAUUGACGCACCUGUACAAAAGCAUCGAGUGGCGCAGCUGCUUCCGGGACCUGAAAGCACAGAGAGAUCGCCAAGGAAGUCCAGACCUGUCCGACUUAUCAUCAGCUCCUGAAGAGCGGCGUAGCAACCUGCCCCGAGGUUGCUGGUUGGUGCUUCAGAAUGCUCAGCGUUUCUGUAAUGACUUCCUUCAAGCUCCUGUAGCUUUUUACCCCUGGUUGGACCGGUUGUCGUGUCUGGGAGGCGCCAAGGUGGCUGACACUGCGAGCAGUGAGAGUGACAAGGACACUCAGCAGAAGCUCAUACAAGCGGUUCAGGAGUUCUCAAACGGAUGCAAAGCCGGCAUGGACGAGUUCCACGCCCAGGUGAAUAUCGCUUGUGCUGGGCGUUUCCAUACCUUCCCGCCAGUCGCACUGUUUCAGAUUCUGAACGCGACGGUGGGCCUUUGUCGCAAAGGACAAGGCUGCGUGGCUGACAACUCUCCCGAACAGCCACGCGAUGCCCACCAACAACUUCUGAAGAGUGCAAGGAAAUGGCUCGCUGCUGUUUGCAAUCGGCAGCGCUUCGAUGCACGUCUGCAGCUCUGCCUUCUGUCGGCGCAGCAUCAGCAGAUGUGGGCGAAGGAAUCUGAGUUCCGGGCCUUCCUGGAGAGCAGAGGUUCCGCGGCCAAAGGAUUGACUAUGGACGACUUCAAGCUGUUGCCAGAAGAAGACCGCAAAGCACUGGAGGAGCGUUGGAAGGAGUGGAAGGAGGCAGAGGCUGCGAAGCAGCGACUGGAGGAUGAGCGGAGGAAAGAGGAGGAAGAGGCGGCCAAACGGCGAGAAGAGGAGCAGCGGCGGCGUCGAGCUGACGCGCGAGAGGCUGUGGAGAAGCUUGUCAAAGACCAGUGUGGCGACAUCGAGAAGCUUCAGGCUGCUGUGAAUGCUGCACUGGGAGCUGGUGUGCCGUUUGAUUCGGCGGUGGCUGAAGCGACCCAGCGAGUGCAGGAGCUGCGCAGCACAGUGGAGCUCUUGCAGAAGGCUCUUGCCAUCGACGCUUCCAGCGAGGCAGCCGUGAAAGAGCUCCAGAAUGCAGUGGAACACGCGGAGGCGGCGAGUCUCCAGAGUGACCUGAUCCAGAAAGCGAGGGACAAGAUCACCCAGAUCCGAGGGACAUUGUCAGCUGAGGAGGAGGCAGAGAGAAAGCGCAAAGAGGCAGAACGAUUGAAGAAGCUACAAGAAGAGGCCCGGGAACGACGGAGAAAAGCCGAGGAG